AUGAACAUCCGCGACUUCUGGGGCCACCUCGACCCAAUCGCACUAGUUUGCAUAAUCGCCUUCACCGCUAUGCUCCUUCUUGCUAUCGUGCUACUGACCGUCACUCAACGCCUCGCCGCCCGAGAAGUCGUCAACGCCUACAACGAACACUCCCAAGCCUUGACCAAUCGACGAUACAUCUUCCGCCAAAGACGACGGAUACAGACCGACGAGAUCUUGAUGAGGCCGCCAUCUGUUCCGCCAGGACAGUCUAGCUUCCCAACUCCUUCCGCUUCUCGGCAGAGCCUGUUAAACUUGUAUGCAGUGCCGCCUCGAAAGCCGGUCCCCAAACGAAAAUCGCGGGACAGUCUCGAGGUCACCAAUGAUUACCGCUCUCCGACGCCAUCAGCUCCUCGCCCACCGAGGGCACAGCGUUACCCAAUACGACAGCAUCCACCACUGUACUUCCAGCGACCAGGAUACCAGCCGGUGCCCAUCUUCGACCAUGACGAGGAGCUAGCAGAGUGUCAACCGAACUGA